UUUUUUGGUUGGGUUUAUUAUGCUUAUUAAUUAUUACCUCAAUAAAAUAAUUGGAGGUUAAGUAAAACUUAAGAGAGGGCAAUUAGGUCCACCGGUUCUUGGGUCCGCAGCUGCACGGAAUAACUCCAAAAGGAGCGGAGGCAGCCCCACGACGGUGACUGUCUAAGGUGGUUUCUUUCUCCGGCGACUCAACCACAAAUAAUUUUUCUGUAACCGUCAUUUUAUGAACCCUACACUCAACUAUAUCUACACACUGGUGCUAACUGGGUUCAUUUUCCAUCAACUAGUAGGAGGAGAGUAGGUAGGGUAAGAGCAGAGACUGAAAGCAUGGCUACUGUCACAGAGAAACUUGGCAUCAAGGUUGAGAGGAACCCUCCUGAGACAAAACUCACUGAACUUGGUGUCAAGCAAUGGCCUAAAUGGGGUUGCCCUCCAAGCAAAUUCCCAUGGACAUAUGAAGCCAAAGAGACUUGCUAUCUUUUGGAAGGGAAGGUGAAGGUUACACCAAGUGGGGCAGAUGAGUCAGUUGAGAUUGGCGCCGGUGACUUGGUUGUGUUUCCAAAAGGGAUGAGUUGCACUUGGGAUGUGUCUGUUGGUGUAGACAAGCACUACAAAUUUGAGUAAAUCUGCUGUAGUGAUCUAUAAGUAGCAUCACUCUCUUAAUAUCCUUGUAUUUGGAGUUGUUAGUGUUGAGAUAGGUUAGUUCUUAGCAUGUUUAUCUCUUAUUCCAUCCCCUAGCUCCACUAGGACCUCCUUGAAGGAAAAAUGAAUAAAUCUUAUGUGAUGAAUAAAGAUUGUGACUUUCUGGAAAGUUUGGACAUGGCAAGAUUUUGAAGUGGUUAUUAGGUUUUGUGGCUCCAUUUUCUUUGUGAUUUCAUGACCAAAUGCUCAAAACUUGGAUGGGUUAUUGAGCUUCAAAGAUUGUUAUUAUUUCACAUUGAUAUCAAGCAUGAUCAUAAAUUGCAAGUAAAUACUUUCUGGA